CGGGUUUACUGCUGCCACACGCCGUGCACCAGGCUUCAGCCGCACCUGUCGCGACCUUCUGAGCACGAGACCGUCGUGGCCCCUCGCCCGAGACACAUAAGGAAACAUAGAGACACUGGCAGAGCUGGAGGGCCUACAAUCGCACCUGUACACACCGGCGGCAGGGUCCAGUACCCCUAGCGACCUUUCGACAUGGCCGACGGACGCAACCGCAGGAGCUUCUUCACCCUGCUCAGGAACCUGUUCUGUGCAGCCCUGCUGUACACUGUCAUUUUUGGAAUCAUAUCGCUAGCCCGGGACCCCAAGAUUGCGGCGAAGGGAAAGCUUGGAAUCCCAGCCUUCCUGGACAAGACGGGGCCAGCCGAGCUCAUCAAAACCACCAAGGCCGGGCUGGAAGUCAAGUUCGCGUCAUCCUCCAAGACAGUCACCAUCAACCCUCACGCCAAUGUCUUCAAUAGGCCAGUCGGUGCUGUCAAGGCGAAGGACGACUACCUAGGCCCUCGGCCCCACGUCGACACUGAGGCUGACCUACACCUGCUGGUAGAGAAGUGCAGAGGCACAUACUUGGGGAUAGAAAAGAUGCGCAACGUGUUCGACUGCCUGCAGUUCUUCGCCAAUGACGAGUCGGAGUACUAUCACCUCCCCGAAGAAACAAGCCGAGCCAGCAUCCAGGACCCUCGCGAGGCCGAGUACAACAACGCAGACGGCCACGAUAAUACGCUAUCCAAGUACGUGUCUACCUCGGACGCCCUCCCGGCAAACAGAACCAAUAUUGGAACAUGUUCUGGCCCUAUCAUUCCAUAUCACACCUACUGGACCGGACCGGCCACAUGGCGGGUUGAGGCAUUCGUUAAGAGCUAUCUCCACACCCAAAAUCUGGCCUGUUCACGCCUGUUUAUCUGGCUGGAUAGCGAUAGAAACCCGAACGCCGUUCGCGACAUGCUCAAUAAGGAUGCGCUUUUUGCACGAUUCCUGCCCCUAGUGGAGCGGGGAGACAUCGUCCUAAUGGCUUGGAAGUUCCCCUCUCGGAUUCCCAUUCCCAAGGCCAACGACACCAUUGACGGAGUGGACUACUACAAAAGCCCCUCAAAGCCCAACACCAAUGGCGAAAAAGUUGUCGCUGACGGGAUCAUCGAGGACAAGGAUGGUCAGCAGUGGCUCGUGCUUACCCCGAAGCAAAUGACGUUCCUCCCUGUCGCUGUGUCUGACGCAGUGCGGUUCGUCGUCCUGCACGUCUAUGGCGGAUCUUACUAUGACAUGGACGUACUGAUGUUGCGAGAUAUGCGCCCAUUGCUGUUACCCAAGGAGCACUCAUUUGCCGAGCGCUGGGCCGCGCACCCCCACCCAGGCGACUACAACACCGCGAUUAUGUCGCUAACAGCCAAUUCGUCACUGUCGUCCUACUUACUCCGCGGUGGCGUGCGCAUGGGCAUGAACUUCCAUCCCCGAGUUCUUGGCAGGAUGGCGUGGAAGGAUGGACGAGACCAAGAAUUCCUCAUGCUGGAGACCGCAGCAUUUGACCCUAUCUGGACCGAAUUCAACUGGGAUAGGGAAGGACGAUGCACAGUCCCUUGCUUGCGAGACUACGGCGCAGCCUUCAAGGGCAAGCAGGGCGCAUUCAAGGAUGAGUGGGAGAGUUACGAUGGGCCACAGCUGGAAAAGAUCGAUCUUGCAACAGCUGGGGUCAAGGAACUGCGGUUACGAGACGAUUCAACCAACGAAAUCGACACCGCCGCACCAGCACCAGUCAUGAAGAGGGAUCGAGAAGACAACACCCCCGUAUCAGCCGCAGCGCCCACACCAGCCGUCGAACCGCUGGAAUCAUUCAGCGCCACGACCGACGAGGAAGCCGAGCUGCGAAAGGCGGGCGUCGUCUCUGACUACAUCCUCGAGGAGGAUAAGUUCGCGCCCAACAACCGCACCCUCGAGAACUUCUUCCGCGGCGCCUGGACCUACCACAUUCACAACCAAUGGCUCAAGCACCCGGAACCCUCGUCUUGGAUCUCCAUCCUCGAGCACGCCCAUGACGGCUUCUUCGCAGGCACUCGCACAAACAUGUACGGCGAGAAGUGGCGCGGACCUCCACUCAUGCCCUACAACUACUGGCCCGAGUUCGUGUGAUUUCCGUCAGCAGCUUCGACUUGUCCAAAUUUUCCGCAUUGCGUUCCUGCUCCCUUUUACGCAGAUCCACGAGCUCAAGCGUGUUACGUUUUUUCUGCGUUAUGCGCGGUGUAAUC